AUGAACGGGGAGACAAUCGACGACUGGACACGGCCACCUGGUCCUGCUGCCCCGGAGGCCGACAUUUGGUCUGCCAAUUCAUUCAAUCCUAACACACGUUACCCCACUAGUCACAUGGGGUUGCAUAGCAAGUCCGUUUUGGGGUCUUUGACUGCUCCGUAUAGGCUGCAGCCUCCCGCAGCUAUGGCCGUUGAAGACUCUAUGCUUCCAACUUACCUUGCUUACAAUACCGGUAUGCCGAGUGGUGCAGCUGUUUUCAACAAUGCAACCGACCAUAGGAACAGCUCUUCAAAUUUAAACUUCAAUGAUAGAUACCCUCUCCAUUCAGGGGCGUUGAAAAUAGGCCAUCCACAAAUGUUUAGCGAAUCAGAUGACUUCCAAACUAUUGAUGGCUCUGUCUCCACUCUCUAUGGCCUACCAGCAAGCCAGAACCUCUUAGUUCCCUAUGUUCUCAGUAAUCGUCAACCUUUGUUCUCCAAACCGAAGUUCGAUAGCGCGGGUAUUCAACAAGGCACUACGAUGCCCAUAUCGAAUACUAACAGCAAUGCUUUACAGGGAAGCAUGCAAAAAAGAAAACCUGCUGGACGUUCAACUUCUGAAAACGGCAUGAACACGUUCGCGCCAAAGGUGACAAGGCUGUCUAGCCAAUCAGCUACAAAGCGUCCUGGCUCUACCCAUAGACCCAUCACGUCCCACAAGAACAAGAACCACAAAAGCUCAGCAACUAGAAAAACUGGCUUGAAACAGUUGUUCGCAAGCUAUCUAUCUUCCCCGACCUUCAAGAAGCUUCGACAAUUGCAUCAUGAAGCAAUGCUGUAUGGAGAGGAUUUUGACGAUGCUGAAGAUGGUCGUUCCAUAAGCGAUACAACCUCGUCCUUCAACUCAAACACUACCAGCGAGUCAUCAGACAAUGAGUCCCAAACUGAUGCUACUUCGAUUUCUUCGUCUGCUAUUCUGGACGACCAGCCAAUUGAUUCCUCACAGGAUUCUGAUGCUGCAAUCGCGGAUGACUUGUCUGAGGGCAUCACAGUAUCAAAACCGCAAUAUCAUUGCACUCUUGAAGGAUGCAACAAAAUCUCGCAUAACGCUUCGGAGUUUCAGAGACACGAAAAGAACAAGGGUCAUUACAACCAAGAGCGCUACAUGUGUGUAUCUUGUCUUUGCCCGGAUUAUCUAUCAGGACCUUCGGUCUGUCAACUCUGCAGCAGCCCAUUCACGAUGCAAGAAAGCCUCGAGGAUCACUAUCGCCGCUGCUUGCCGGCUUUGGUCAAUCAACCUUCCAAAGCUACUUUUACAAGAACUUAUCAUCUUACCAAGCAUCUCGUUGAGAAACACGGAUAUACUAGAAAGGAUGCAAACGCUGGUGUGAAUGGUUGCAAGUACUUCCUCAACAAUAAUUGGCCAAGGGAAUGCAAACUCUGCGACGUUAUCUUCACAACUCUGGAAGAGCGAAACAAACACAUUCUCUGGCACUAUAAGAGGGGCGAGACUUGGCCAAAGGCUGACCGUGGUCAGGACGAUGAGAGUGAUGACGAAGAUGACGAUAGCCACACUGGCGGGAAACCCCCAAGCAAAGGACCCAAGACUUCUGGAAAGUCUACUAAGCAACGUGCUGGGAAGUCAUCCACCAAAUCUACCUCAAAGGGUAGUUCUAGCAGUUCGACAUCAAAAUCGGGCGCCGGUCAAUCAUCUGAUCUUUGUGACGAAAGCAGCGACGGGCUUGCGGAAGAUGAAGCAGAAAAGGAAUCGAUUGAUCGACUUGUGGAAGAUCUAUCAAAGACACGACUUAGAUCCAGCCUGCUACUCGACCCCGAAGGAUCCCUCAAAGAGAUCAACACAGGUUCUAAUAAACUUGACUCCAUGUGGGAAGGAAAUCCCAUAUCGAGUGAAAUGUUUGACACAAUUCUGUCUCAUCACAAAAGUCAAACAAUUCCCAAAAAGCUAUCCGUCUGGAAACUUGAAAUUGACUUUAACGGAACCUACAGAAGAGGACCCUGGACUCAAAAUGAGGACGCUGGCCUUCUUGAGCUUGCUGAGGAGGUACAUCCAGGAGGAAGAAACUGGGUACAAAUUUCACAACAGCUAAAAACUCGAUCGGCGAAGCAAUGUCGGGAGCGUUACCUUCAAAGUCUCAAAUCUUCGACCUCUACCGGCGGGAUAGAUGUGACUGAAGAAGCUUCCAGCGAGACAACGACAUUUACAGGAGAUUUCAAGGAGUGCAUUCUGCAACGAUCCUUAAAAGAACAGCAGUCACGAUAUCCCAAUAAUUCAUCAAUGACCUGGCAUACGAAAAAUCAUUUUACCACUUCAGCUUUGUGCUACAUUCCCGACGAGCAAAUUUCGAAGUCUGAACUGACCCGGUCUCCCCGUCUCUCAGCAGACGCAUAUAUUAAUGUGGAAUAUCAACCUUACUCUCCGCCUGCGUCAUCAGCCGUGUCCUACCAGAUGCGUCGAUUCCUGAACGAAGACAGGAUCGGAACGGAGAAUGUCUUCUCCCAACAUGCAGUCGAGAACAUAUCCACUCAAUCUGCUGCCAGGGAUAUCACUUAUUUCGCUCCCCCUUCCAUUUUCUCUUCUAGAUCUUCUCGUCCAUCGAACUAUGGCGGUCAUGCAGUGAAGCAGCGACAACAUAAACGCCAGCCGUACAGACCGGCACAAAGACGCUACACCUCCUCGGAUGACAUCAAUCGGAAAACCAGCAGUCUGUUAAAGUAUCCUCGGACUCCCCAAAUCUCUAUUGAAAAGAGAAGAAGAGCAGUGGAGACAUAUAUCGCUUACCUAGAAGCAGGACAUGCUGGCAAAAAUAACUGCAACGGCGAGGAAUCAAAAUUGAAAGAACAAUCGACUUGCCCUGCAUGUGGCAAGAUUUUGAAGGACUUGACAACGCAUGUGUUGACCCAGCACAACGAACGUCCGGCAAAGUUUUCAACCCCUACCUGUAACUGUCACACUAAGGGCUUUGCAAGACAAUAUGACAAGGAUACAGUACUCAGAUAUGACCAUGAUGAAGGCAAUUACAACCGUCCCCCAUGGUUGAAUGGCGAGAAUGAGCUUCAGCUAGGUGAGAUCAACUUCAAUGUCGAUCAUUCCGAAUCUCCCGAACGGAACAACAUGUUUGCUUCGAAGGAUAUUUAUGCUGAAGGGCACACUGGAGAAUUGUUGAGGUACGAAGGAGGAAAGAACGACUGGCGUGCAACCAAUUCUGCCCAAGGAAUCGGGUCUUAUUUUUUCAAUGGUAGACCGAAGUCUUUUGCACCAGGAAGAAUCAAUCACCAUUUAAGGAUAUCUGGACCUAGCUUGGAUAUCGACACUGCUUGUUCGUCGAGUGCUAUAUUACCCCAACCCGAACAAAUUUCUCCAGUCAAUCAAAGGUUCAGCUCACUAGAUGGUGGAGAUGUCACAGGUUUGGCUUCUCUCAUCAUAGCGGACUCCAUAACCAGAGCGGUGCAAGGUGCAGCUCCGUCGGACGAAUUAACACCUCGUCUUAGCGAAUACUUUGAUAUGAUCGGCGGAACGUCAACGGGCGGGUUGAUAGCCUUGAAGCUGAGGCGGAUCGCGUACCCCGCUAGUCACAAAAUAGUCCCGCGAGGUGAUAUACAGAGACGCCGAUGCAUAGCCUGUUUAGAACAAGAUGGCUCUGCCGUCAAGAGGAACUUCUGUUUGGUUUGUAGUAGCCGGAACUCCGCACUAACAACAGAUUUUGGGGCAGUAUCCUUCAUGGCUUCACAGAUGUUUAAUCUCUAUGUUGCUUUGAAAGCUCUACAUGGCGCUACGACUUCUUCUGCUAGGAAUCCGGAUCAACGACAUGGAGAUCUGAAGCCAGAGAAUAUCAUCUUCCAUCCAAAUGGCCAUGGUUCUAUCAGCCCAAUGUGCUUUGAUACGGGAUCUAACAGCACCUUCAUCAGCAAGGACAUAGCCAGGCUACUGACUAGAGUCACCAAACCUCUCGUCAAGCAAACAUUCGAGCGCAUUCAAUUCAAGACUUCGAACCAAACACCAAAUCAAGGAUAUAUGUUGCAGAAUCAUCUUGGGAAAGUCUACAAUUCUGCUCAAUACCCUGCCUCAAGAAGACUCUCGGGUGUAGAUAAUCCUUCUAUCUCGAAGCGAAGAAGAACUCCUGGUUGUGACACUGAACCCGGAUACAUUUGGUGGACCUUCCCGAGGGAGUAUGUGCAUUCCACGAUUCCAGCUACUAAUGAGCCACAACGGGGUUUUUGUUUUACUCCUUGGUUUUCGCCACCAGAAUGUUUUCGAGAAAGUUUUAAAAGUUUGGAAGAAGUGGAAAUCUACCAACAACAACCGGAAACCUGGAAUAAUAUAACACAACCCUAUACCGGAUCUUCUCCCGGAUUUGUCAGUCCAGUUAUUAUUGACGCAAACUCUCUGGACAAUUAUGAAGGCGGUUACAAGGAUUACUGGGCCAACAUCAAUCAUGUUUUUGAUGACCUUAUGAAAGUGCAUGGAUAUCGAACCCAUCAACGUGGACGGGCUCGAAAUUUUGGCUCGAAAACAAAUGCAGGUGGCUACAGCUGCACUUCUAUUCCGACAUCAAGAUGGGAAAUCAUGGGUCGCAUGACUGGACUAAAUUCGAGUGAUCACACUAUCCCCUACACCAACCAUCCAACAGACUCUGCGAAAGUAAUAGAGGAGUUCUCAUCACCUAUUGGCUAUCAUGGUGCUCAUGGCGACGAUCCUAAUCGAAAUCAUCAAGAGUUGCAAGACCAAAGCCCCCUGAAUAUUCUACACCAUAACUCGGAGAACUCAAGUUGCAAUGAUCGAAAAGAAAGAUUCGAAAAGAUCUUCAAACCUGGCAGUGUCUUCAAGGUUCUAUGGUCUGAACCCUCGGCCAACAAAGGUGUCAACCGAGUGCUCGGAAGUUGUAUCAAAUCCAGUGACACGGUCUAUACCAAGCCUAGGAGAUUCGUGGUGCUCAAACCUGGAAGAGCCCCACGGCAGGCUACAUUCAUGGAGAGUCGCAACGGCAAGACGACCACUUUGGAAAGCACUUUUUCAGAUACCAUCGAUAACGUAAAGUCAAAGACACGAACGCGAAAAUCUAUGCAGCGACUGCUUUUUUUUGAAUCAGGCAGCAGUACCAAGAACGAUAUUCCCCGGCAUUUGAAAGAUCAGCAUGGCGCGUACUAUAAUAUCCUAUCACCACCUACCGCUACACCAGCUGAGCACUACCACCGUAUCAAGAUCAACUACACGAUCAAAGACUCCGCCUUGCAUUACACGAUCAAUCGUGCAUCAUACAACUACAAUAUCCUCAGCUCCUCAUCAAGAUCUCAACCCUCAGUCUGGCUUCCUUGCUCAUGCAAACACGCAGACUAUCCCACUACCUUCAGCACCAUAUACGAAUGGAAGCACAUCCUGCGUCCCAGCAAGAUCCACGACCUUCAAGCAUCAUCGCAACAAAUCACAUCCAUCGAGCCUUACACUUACUGCCAUUUCAGCAUUUAUGUCACGCUUUAA